AUGGUAAACGUUCCUAAGACCUUCUGCAAGAAAUGUGGGAUGCGCCAACCCUACAAGGCGACACGGUACAAGAAGGGCAAGCAUUCUCUGUAUGGCCAGGGAAAGCAGCAUUAUGACAGGAAACAGAGUGGCCAUGGUGGGCAGACUAAGCCGAUUUUCCACAAAAAGGGUAAAACUACAAAGAAGAUUGUGCUGAGACUGGAGUGUGUUGAGCCCAACCACAGAUCUAAGAGGAUGCUGGCUAUUAAGAGAUGCAAGCAUUUUGAAUUGGGAGGUGACAACAAGAGAAAGGGCCAAGUGAUCCAGUUCUAAGCCGAUUUUGUUAUGAAGACAAUAAAAUCUU